AUGGAUAGACUGCUGCGCACCUAUCUGCUGAUAUUUUCCUGUUUUACAUUUGUCUGCAUCGAUGGAAGAGAUCAAGACUCGUUUCCUUCAUGUGAAGUUACACUGAUGGUCCAUAGAGGCACGACAUUAAAAACUGCCCCGCGACAACCACUGACAGUCAAAUGUCCUGUCAAACACUGUGGAGAAUCAGUAGAUGUCGCCUGGUGUAAACUGCUCAACACAAACAGAUGUGAACAGAUUUAUGAAACUGGGAAUGUAGAAAUAAUACAGGAUGAAAUGAUCUCAUCUUUGAUUUUCAAACGGAUAUCCAUUUAUGAUGACGGCCUCUACAGAUGUUAUUUAAAAGGAUCGAAAUAUGUGGCGUUCAGUCACAUCAUCAACAUCUCAGUUUCGGAUGAGUUACCAAGCGCUGCUGGUGAUGAGGAAGAGUCCUGGCAGCCCUACGUCUACAUCUGUGUUAGCAUAACUCUUCUGGUCGUCAUUUUGACAGUGAUAACCCACCUGAGUUUUUAUGGCUGGAAACGAAUCCUGACUUUCAAUCAUGCAGAGGGACAGGAAAUAUCUACUCAUGUAAUACCCAACCUUCCCAAGGGGAAUGCUCCUUUCUCUCCUGUCUUGAAAACCCACUUCUCCAUUCUGGAUGACAUUUACUAUCCAAGUACAGCAAGAAGACCGCUACCACAACCUCCCCUGAUGAACAAUGGGAACCAACCUGCUGUGGCAGAUAAAAGUCAAACGUCAGACCAUGCAGUCUAUGCUGUCAUCAACCACCAGCAGUCUAGGGUGUGA